UAGGGCAAAUUUAGGGCAGGAAGAGUUUUGCGUGCGCGAAGAGGAUGAGUAAGGUGCACGGAUCUUUGGCCCGGGCGGGCAAGGUGCGCGGACAAACGCCCAAGGUCCAGAAGCAGGACAAGAAGAAGAAGCCCAAGGGCCGGGCGCACAAGCGGGAGCAGUACAACAGGCGCUUCGUCACGGCGGUUGUUGGAUUUGGCAAGAAGCGCGGCCCCAAUUCGUCCGAGAAGUAAAGAGGAUGAGAUUGAUGUUCUAGAAUUUUUGUUCUUUGUAUGAAACGCGAUGUGAGAGGUCACUCAAUUGCAAGACACUCUUUAGUGUGGAUCGUGGUUAUAGAAGGCCUUCAAAUUUCUCAAUAUCUUCCAGCGGAGAUCUAUGUUUUUGGGCUGGAGGAGAUCACAAAUGCAAUGGAUGCAAAUUGAUUUUA